AUGCCUCGCGUCGGACCUGACGGCCAGAUUUCUAAGGCGGCCCGCAAAGCUGCUGCCACGGUGGCGGCCAAACCGAAGAAGCCAAAGACGUUGUCUGAACAGCAGCGGAAAGCGCUUCGCAUGCUUCGCGAGUGCAAGGCCGAACUCACGAGUGACUGUGUCGACGAUAUGUUUGUCUGCCUCCGCAAGCUGGCCGUCGACGUCGACAUGGAGAACGAGAUGGAGAAGGUUGCUGCGAUGGUUGGGGAGAUGCUCACCGCCAAGCUGCGCAAGUGCCCGAAGGUCAGCGGGUGGCCACAGCACGUCAAGGAGUUCAUGGCAAAUACCAACUUGGGUGUAGAUCAGGGCACUCGUGCGCAUCUCAUAGACCUUACCGAGGAAGAGCGCAAGGAGAUGUCCUCGAUGUAUGAAGCUCUCACCGAAGAAGAACUCAUCGCUCUCGUUGCACGCGCUCAGAGCGACCGUGACACUAAGGACGUGGCCGUUGCUAGUGGCUCAACGACUGGCUGCAAGCUUGGCUCCGGUAUGGCUGAGGGUGUCGUGACGAACAGCUGGGACAAUGUUCUUGCCGUGCUCAAUUCGUUGGUCUUCAUGAACGGCAGCGAGGUGUUCUUUUUGUUUGCUUGUGGAGGCAAUGAGUCGAUGUUCAAUAGCCGGUCGUUUGCUACUCCUAAGGCGAAAACGUUCUUCCACCACAUAACAGGCGCUACCCCGGACGAGAUCGCACUUAGUCUGGAGUCCUUCACCAUCAGCGGUAUCUGCAAGCUGUUCAAAUUGAAGGACAAGUCAGACCGCUCAAAUGAGACCAGCUCCGAGCGUCUCAGACGCGAGAAACAAGAGGUCGGCGAUAAGAUCACGGCUAUGUGGGUUACCAUCAUGCGUGAGCAUAAGCUCUAUACUUUGAAUACGCGCCCGAUGUGGAAGCGCUACGAGAUAAAGAUGGUCAGAGAGCAUGGCAUCGCGCUCGAUAACUGGCCGCUGAACAAGACGCCGGGCGACUGGAUCAUGUUGACCAAGGACCGAGGUUGCUAG